AUGUCACAUGCCGCAGCUCUCCUUUUUGCUGGUUCUGCUUCCUUCUUCACUUCUUCUUUCUUCAGCUUCUUUAGCUUCUUCACCACCACAAUUUCCAUGUUUCGCUUCAAGACAAACAAGUCCAAGGCUCCUCCAACUGCCCCUUCAACUGCACCUUUAGCUGCUGCUCCAGCUCCCCCUCCAGCCGCAGUUCCCCCUCCCCCACAACCUCCAUUUUUUGCACCUUCCUCCAAUGGCUCUCUGGCUCCUCCUCCACCUCCACCACCAGGAAUGCCUGCUUUUAUAAACAAUGGAUCACUGGCCCCUCCUCCUCCUCCUCCUCCUCCUCCAGGGAUGCCUGCUUUUGCAAAUAGUAACCAGGCUUCCCCUCCUCCUCCAGCCUCAGGCACUGGUGGAGCUCUACCGUUUUUAGCUGAGAUCAAUGCCAAAAGAAACGACUCAUACGUCGUCGAUAAGGUGUCUAAAAACUUCAAUCCUGCUGAGUCUGUUUCUUCUGUUUCUAAAUCCAAUUCAUCUACUAACAGUGCCCCCAAAAUUGCAAGUGCUCCUUCAAUUCCAAAAUUCUCUUCUCCAAAGACUCCCUCAUCAAUGUCCUUCAUGGAUCAAUUGAGCUCUUCCAUAGCUGGAAGAUCUAAUAACAACUCAAACAACCAAAGGAUAACAUCUUCAAGUUCAAUAAAUCCUCCCAAAUUCUCUGCUCCACCAAUCCCUAGUGCUCCUGCUCCAUCUUUACCUCCGCAACCUUCUCCCAAAAGACCUUCUCAUAGACCAAAUAAACAAAAAUUCACUCCAAAAGUCCCUACACUGAGACCUAGAAUAUCAUCCUCUAAAUUCUCCAAUAAACCAAAUGUUAAACCACCAAUAAUAACACCAUUGAAUGCUCCUCCAAUGGCUCCCCCAAUUGCCCCUCCACUAGCAAACCAAAAUUUAAACACUCAGAACGUUCCCUCAGCACCACCUCUACCUCCACCUCUUCCAAACCAAUCAAAUUCCAAUAUCCCUCCUCCGCCUAAAUUGCCAUCUUUCAAUUCCAAUAAAAGUACAAAUUCAAAACCCCAAACUUCUAAUCCCCUAGCUGGUGGUUUACCCUUUUUGGCUCAAAUAAAUGCAAGAAGAGACGAAUCAAAUGUGAUAGAUGAUAAAGCUGUUAAAAAUAAUAAAAAUGCUCAAGCUAACACUCCCGUUUCAACUCAUAAAUCCUUUUCCCAAAAAUCUUCUUCUAUAAAUAAGUUUUCGGCUCCUCCAAUUCCAAAUGCCUCUCCUCCUCCCCUCUCUUCUGUUCCAACUUUACCCAAAUCAAAACCUCCUCCGUUACCUAAUUCUAUGGCUCCUCCAUUACCAAACUUCAAAGCUCCUUCAAUUCCUAAAUCAAAUCCACCACUGGCACCAUCAGCUCCACUAGCCCCACCAAUUUCUCCAGAAAUAUCUUCAUUUUCUCUGGGAAAAAAUAAAUUUCCAAAUAAUUCUUCUCUCUCACCCCUUUCAUCUGGCUUGCCAUUUUUAGCAGAGAUAAAUCUGAGAAGAGAUGAAUCUCAUGUAAUUAAUAGUACAACUUCUCAACCGAAAAAAACCAGAAAUCAAAAUUUUCCUUCUAACUCUGCUCCAGCCCUUCCAAAAUUCUCUGCUCCUCCAAUUCCAUCGCUUCCAUCGGCUCCUCCACCUCUGUUUACAUCUCAAGCUCCUUCUAUUCCUAAAGCUCCUCCUGCCUCACCUGCACCGCCAGCACCAUCUUUUCAAGGGUUUGGCAAACAGCCUCCAAAACCUUUAAAACCCUCAAUUAAUACUCCUGCAAUAUCUAGCGGUUUACCCUUUUUAGCAGAAAUCAAUGCCAGAAGAGAUGAUUCAAAUGUUGUUGAUGAGUCUAAAGUUAAACAAUCAAAAUCUCCAUCUAAUAAUAUAGGUUUUGGUCGACCUAAUCCAUCCAAAGCUAAUGCUCCACCAAUACCAACUUUCAGUGCACCACCAUUACCCACUAUGAGUGCACCUCCAAUACCUACAUCAAGUGCUCCACCAAUACCGAAGUUUGCUGCUCCUUCCUCAAUUCCUCCAGUGGAAUCUAAUUCACAUUCCACCAUGGAUUCCAAUUCUAAUUUCGGUCCUUCUGGCGGAUUGCCAUUUUUAAAUGAAAUAAAUAAAUUAAGAAUUUCUCCAGAUCUUAAUAAACCUACUCCACUGCAAAAGUUUUCUGCUCCAAAGAUUUCUGUUGCUCCUCCUGUACCUCCUGCACCUCCUGCACCUGCACCUUCAAUAUCUGCCCCUUCUUUUCCUAAUGUCUCUACUGCUCCUGCAUUGCCAUAUUUAGAUCAAAUAAAUUCACUAAAUAAUAAGGAAACCCCUUCUGGUCAAUCUACAAAUUCCUAUCAUUUUACUCAAAACUCCCAGGUUUCCAGUUUCAAUAAUGAUAAUAAUUCUGAUUAUACUCCAAAACAUUCUUAUAAACCACCACCCCCACCGCCAGUUUCAACUGGUGGUGAUAAUGGAGGGAACAGUGAUAACGUUUCUGAAGUGGAUAAUCAUAAAUUCAAUGGCAGUUCUACUAGAAAGAGAAUGUUUUCUGUAGGAAAAAGUGAUAAUACUCAAGAAUUUUCCAGCAUUGGCUCUUCAAUAUACAAUGUUGGACUUACAAAUGGGCAGAAUAAUGAACGAUUUGAAAUUGAAGAUUCAAGAUUUGGAUUCAUCAAUCGAAAUGAUUUACCCAGACCUCGUAAAUGGGUUGGGUUACAAAAGUUAUAUCCGUCAGGAAGAGGCAGUACAGUUCCGUUAAAUUUGAGUCUUUAUAUGUAA